UAUAAAUGUGUUGCGGAGGGACUUGCUCGUCAGCUGGGAAACACUGAAGAUGACUGACGGCUGUUUGUGGAGUACAGACAGUUCAAAACACUACUAGACGGUCCUAACAGUCAUGCAACCAUGACCUGCAUACACCCCCAGCAUGGAUCUCAGCUUUAUGAGAACAGCCUUGGCAGCUCGGAGCUUCAGAGCACAGACUUUAUCUCCAGGCUGACUGUGAAUAUGAGCAGCCCACGAGACCGCCUCUCUGCUCCAUCCCUGCCAAGCAUCAGCUCCCUGGUGGACACUCAAAGGGGCGACUUUGAUGCAUAUUCAUGUCAGUUUACUGCAACCCCUGCCCAUGUAACCCCAUUGUCUGGCCAGGAGACCCCCUUGAAGCUGGAUGACCUCCAGGUUUACGGUUGCUACCCUGGAGCGCUCACACUGAGUUACCAGGAUGAAGCUGUGUCCCCUUGUGGGUCCGAUUAUUUUGGCAGCCCUACAUCGACUUCGUCUCCUUCAACCCCCCGGUUCCAGAGUCAGCAUGCGUCCAACUGGGAUUCAGCCUUUGGGCCAUACUCACCCAGUCCAGGAUACUGGGUGGCAGGGAACACCUCAGUGCCACUAGAGUCCACUUUCUUCCCUUUUGGGUCUGAGGAGGACAUGUCUCAUUUGGGUCAACCACACUUACAAGAGCAGGAUCCUUUCACUUUGACCCACCCUCAACCGUCAGCACUGAACUUCCCUGCCUUGGCGAUGGAGCAAGCAUGCAUUCUCAAUGGCACAGACCAGCUAAAUGGGAGCUUAUCACCCAAAUUUCAAAAUCCCAGUGGAAAUGAGGGCUGCUGUGCUGUGUGUGGGGACAACGCCUCCUGUCAGCACUAUGGGGUUCGCACCUGUGAGGGAUGCAAAGGGUUUUUCAAGCGUACAGUACAAAAAAAUUCCAAGUAUGUUUGCCUCGCCAACAAAGACUGUCCCGUAGACAAGAGGAGGCGGAAUCGAUGUCAGUUCUGCCGUUUCCAAAAGUGUCUCGUUGUGGGCAUGGUGAGGGAAGUUGUGAGAACGGACAGCCUGAAAGGACGAAGAGGUCGCCUGCCUUCAAAGCCUAAAGUUGUCCAGGAUGUGACAACCACUGUGUCUCCAGUGAGCAUGAUUGCUUCACUUGUGAGGGCCCACAUCGACUCAAACCCUGGCAUUGGGAAACUGGAUUAUUCCAAGUUUGGUGAGACCCAAAUCAGUCUGGACCAGAAAGUUGACGUAAGUGACAUCAAACAGUUUUACGACUUACUCACGUCCUCCAUUGAGACCAUAAGGAAGUGGGCGAAGAGCAUCCCAGGGUUCUCUGAGUUCUGCUCAGAAGACCAGGAACUGCUGUUGGAAUCUGCGUUUGUUGAACUCUUCAUCUUGCGUCUUGCUUAUCGUUCCAAUGCGGAAAUGAACACGCUCAUCUUCUGUAAUGGGGCCGUGCUUCACAAAACGCAGUGCGUCCAAGGCUUUGGCGACUGGAUUGACUCCAUCUUGGAGUUUUCUCAAAGUCUCCAUCGCAUGAAGCUCGACAUUUCCUCCUGCUCCUGUCUCACAGCCCUCGUCAUUAUUGCUGACCGACAUGGUCUCAAGGAGCCAAAACGUGUGGAGGACUUGCAGAACCAGCUCGUCACUUGCCUUAAAGAUCACAUCUCUGGAAGCGGCUCUGACUCGUUGCGGCCAAAUUAUUUGUCCAGAAUUCUUGGGAAGCUGCCUGAGCUCAGGACUCUAUGCACUCAAGGCUACCAGCGUAUAUUUUACCUUAAAUUGGAAGAUCUUGUUCCCCCGCCACAGAUUGUGGAAAAAAUCUUCAUAGAUACGCUUUCGUUUUGAGUGUGAGAUGGGAGCUGUGAUAUAAAUAAUCUGGAGUUCAUGUGAGAGCGAAAGAGAACAGACCGAGAAUACGGAAGAAAAAUAAUCCUAAAGGAUUAUGCAGCUCUAGAGGAAAAGGCCUACAUCUGAGUUAUAAAGCGAAUGAGUUGUAAAACUUGCAGAAGCAACAUGUACGUGGAGCUAUCACAAAUUUCUCUUCUUAGUUUGUUUUUCCAGGAACUUGUCUACUCUGCAGACAGACCAGUUAAUGGACCAAAAUGUGACUGUUUACAUAUAAGAAGGUGCCCAAAAAAGCAGUUACAAACUGAAUACAAACCAUAUAUGCACCAUCAUUUCAAGGAUAAAAUCAUCUUGCUUUUUUAAUAAACAUUUUUUGACUGUAAGUUGCACAUAAAAUAUCGUGCAAAGCAUUAUUAUAUCUUCAGUUUACCGAUUACGGUUAUGAUUAAAUACUUCAGGUGCUCCAGGAAGUUUUCAAUUUUUUUCACAGAACCACUCAAAUACACUCAGCCUCCAAACUGAUGUUUGGUAAGUCCACACAUCAAUAUCGACAGCAUGAGUCCCUGAGAGCUCCAGUUUGCUGUAUAUCUAAUGCCACCAUAUGAUUUGGUGAUCGUACAGUAGGUUAAACCUACUGAAUUAUUUAGUGUUAUAAUUCAUGUAUCAUGAAUUGACAUUGUGCAGCUAAUAGACUGUCUAUUGAACACUGGAUAUGUAGAUUAUUUUGAAUCUGUUUUAAACCUGCUGGUGUUGUUGCCACAUAAACUGUGGGUCAGUGGUUAA